AUGGAUGUCACAUCGCGGACACAUCUGCAUGCAGUGAACCAGGCACAGGCACUAUUGGAAGCGGGGCGGUGUGGGGAGGCGGUGGGGGAGCUACAGGCAGUGGUGGCGGCGCAGGGGCAGUACUGGCAGGUGCGCGUGGUGCUGGGGCAGGCGCUCAUGGUGGCGGGGCACGCACAGGAGGCCGACGCCACUCUGCAGGCUGUCCUGGCCAUGGAUGCACGUACUGUGCUCCCCCCUGUCCCUGCUCUGCACUGCUCUGCGGUGCUGCUCUGUGCUGCUCUGUGCUCUGCCCUGCUGCUCUGUGCUGCUCUGUGCUCUGCCCUGCUGCUCUGUGCUGCUCUGUGCUCUGCCCUGCUGCUCUGUGCUCUGCUCUGCUGCUCUGUGCCGUGUCUUUCCUCCUGCGCCCCUCAAAGCAGCCCCCUUCAUCGCAACCCUCCCCUGAAUCAACCCCGUCCUCCUGCGUCCGGCAUGUGUCUGCGCUGCUUCAUUGCAAUCAUUGAACGACUCCGCCAAUCCCCCCUCUCUGCCUGCCACCACUCUCUCCUACGCUCCCCCUGCCACCAUGCUUUCUCUCUCCACAUCUUCAGCACCUUGCUGCCCUCUGCUGCCAUUCUUGCAUUCCCAGCUUUGCCCAUCCCUCUGUUCUCAUCUACUGUGCUCCCCUCGUCCAUCCCGCUCCCCUCGCCCAUCCCGCUCCCCUCGCCCAUCCCUCUCCACUCGCCCAUCCCUCUCCACUCGCCCAUCCCUCUCCCGUCGCCCAUCCCUCUGCCCACACUUGUCCACCUGCCCGUGCUACAAUGCCAUGGCAUGGCGUGGCAGGUGCGCGAGUACAAUGACCUCAUGAGCCUCGCCCCACCACCUGGCACCGACCCCGGCAGGCACUACCAGACCUUCUAUCAGUUCCGCAUGGCAGGGCUGGCAAUGAUGGACCUUCGAGACCUGGUGCGCCGCACAUGGGGGGCCAUGGCAGAGGAAAGAGCCAGCGCGGUGGAGAGCGCUGGCAGAGCCAAGCACGGCUGUGGUGUGGAUGGAUCGACUCAGGUGGGGUGGGGUGUGAGGGAGGGCAGGGAGGGUAGUGCGGGUCGGGAGGUUUCGCGCCUCCCCUCUCUUGCCCCUUGUGCCCUCUUUCCCCCCGUCACCUCGCGUGCCCCCUGUGUGUGGUGUGGUGAGAGCAGUGAGAGCGAGCAGUAUGCAACGCUGGACACACCACUCAUGAACGGCCAGUCCAUCAACGCACGCUACUCGCCCUACUACAACCGCACACUCCACCUACUACACGCGCUCUUGCUGCAGAGGGCACCAUCAGCAGCAGACAGGAUGGAGCAGUGUCUCCACACUGCUUGCCUUAUCUUGCCUCCUGGCCCCGUCGUGCUCUUACCGCCCCCCUGCCACGCUCUCAUCACCACCCCCCGCCCCUGCCCUCUGCCCCUCCCCACCAUCACCAGCACUCUGCUGAACGAGACUCGCAUCACCCUCUCCCGCACCAACGUGGACGUGCAGCGCAUUAAUGCCAACUCCCACUUCACCAUGGGCCAUUAUGCCCCCUCAGCCCCUCCUUCCACCCAGCUCCGUGCUGCCCUCUGCUGCCAUUAUUGCACUCCCGGCUCCCACCACACCCCCUUGCAUUUUCCUUUGCGCUCUCCCAUCCCUCUGCCCACACUCGUAUACCUGCCCGUGGCAGUUCAUAAUCCCAACAGCACCUCCCCCGCACCCAUCAACCUUUCUCACUCUCCCCUUCCCUUCCCACCAGCUGCUGCCGCCACUGCUGCUUCUGCUGCUGCUGCUCCUUACCCAACUGAUUACCCUAAAUUCCCUUUCCCUUUGUUCUCCUCGUUCCCCUCGAGCCCCUGCACCGCUUGUGACAGUGCGUUGAGCAGCAGAGGGUAG